UCUGUCCGUGUUCAGCAGAACGUUUAUUUUAUCACUGUUGGAAAUUUCUUGUCCUGACAUUGGAUUAUUCCUGUAGAUCUAAAAGAAUAAUCCAAUCUCAGCUCAGAAAAUUUUCAAUGGUUUCAAUUAAACGUUCUGCUGAACGUGGCCGUUAUGGUAGUGAAAGAUUACUGCGCAUCGCGGUGUGUUUUGAAAAUAAUAUGGCUGUUGAAUGAGGAGCUAUCGUGAAUUUUCUAAUUGGAUAAAUUUUAAUUCAACUAGAAAUGACUGUCGAGGGUGCAAUUAACAAUGAACAAGUGAUUUUCGUAACGGGAGGUUAUGAUCAUACAAUCAAAAUAUGGCAACCACAUACAGGCGUUUGUCAGCGUACAGCACAACACGCGGAUUCUCAAGUUAAUGCGUUAGAUAUCACUCCUGACAAGUAUGUUGUCGCUGCUGCUGGAUAUCAGCAUAUACGGAUGUAUGACUUAGCAUCAAACAACCCCAAUCCAGUUAUAAAUUAUGAUGGAGUGUCAAAGAAUAUUACCGGCUUAGGCUUUCAGGAAGAAGGAAAAUGGAUGUUCACUGGAGGAGAAGACUGUUCAGCAAGGAUAUGGGACAUGAGGUCCAGUAAUUUUCAAUGCCAAAGAAUAUUUCAAGUUACUGCACCUGUAAACUGUGUAUGCCUACAUCCGAAUCAGGCGGAACUGAUUGUUGGCGACCAGAGUGGAGUCAUACAUUUAUGGGACUUGCGUUCAGAUCACAAUGAACAAUUAAUUCCCGAGGCUGAAUCUUCAAUUCAGGAUAUCGCGGUAGAUCAGGAUGGUACUUAUAUGGCAGCUGUAAAUAAUAAAGGACAUUGUUACAUCUGGACACUUACAGGGGGCACCGGGGAGGAGCCCACGAAACUGAAUCCUCGUCACAAACUUUUGGCUCAUAAGCGUUAUGCUCUUCGUUGCAAAUUUAGUCCUGAUUCUACAUUGUUGGUGACGACGUCGGCCGAUCAAACUGCCAGAGUGUGGAGAACGACGGAUUUCUCCGAAGUGCAAGUUCUUCAACACGAGGCGAAACGCUGGGUUUGGGACGCAGCAUUCAGUGCAGAUUCUCAAUAUAUAUUUACUGCUUCCUCAGACGGAGUCGCGAGGUUGUGGAACGCAUCUACAGGAACAAUAGAACGAGAAUAUCAAGGACACCAAAAAGCUGUCACGGCUCUUGCUUUCCGCGACGAAAUCGUUUCCGCAAGUUAAACAUAAAAAGCAAAUAUAUAUAUAUAUAUGAGAUAGAUAAGACGUGUAUAGACGUUUCUUAAUUUUUACAAAUUACCAAAAAUUGAGAAUUGUGCGCUUACGAUUUCGAUGCGAGCAAGAGAAAUUAGAGUCAGGUACGCGUAUAUAAAUGUAUAUUCGUUUCUUAAUAAUAUCUUAAAUAUCAUUUGCAAGUUAGUUUUGGAAAAUCGAAAAUUAAUCACCUCGUAAGACUUUGUAUCAAGGAAAGAAAUUCAAAAUACGCAUUAUAGAAAUUUGACGGGAAAUUCGCUCGACGGUGUAAAAAAAAAAAAAUCGGUGUAAUAAUAAUUUAAUAAUCUAUUAAUUAAAAUAUCAUCAAAACA